AUGGCAUUAUUGUUAAUUGCUUUAUUUACAUCAAUGAGUUAUAAAGAAAAAGCAGAGAAAAUUAUUAAAAUCUUAGUUUAUAUAAUUUGUGUAUUCACUUCAUUUCAUUUUUUUAAUGAAAUUUUUGGUAAAUUUAGAAAUACUCUCACAUUUUUAGCUGAAAAGAUUUAUUGCUUAAAAGUUAGGGAUUAUUUAUCAAUCAUAUUAUCAACCCUACUUAUCUUCUUCUAUUUAUAUUAUGAAUAACCCUGGUUUGUAUGUAUUAUAUGAUAAUUACUCUUAGGUUAGUAAUAUUCUAUCAAUUUGUAUUUUGGGAUCUUUGAUCAAACUAUUCAAAAUAACAUCCUUAAAAAAUGCUCUCUAAUUUUUUGUACCCCUUAUGAUUGUUGAUAUUUUCUGUUCUAUUUAUUUGAGUUAAACUGUCAGAUAUGAAUGGGAUAGUGUUGCAUUAAGAUAUUUCAAUACUCCACUAUCAGCCUAAUUUCCUUAUUUUCGAUAUAUUUACAAGAAAAAAUGUGCAUGGGUUUCUAUUUUUAAUUUGUUAUUUCCCGGUAAAUCUUUUAAUAUUAUUAUGAGGUUUCUUUUUGGGUUAUGUAAAUAGAUUUGACAAACAUAAAUAAACAUAUGUCUAUGAAAUUAUAGCUUUCUUUGGAUUACUUGUUGGACUCAUUUUUUGGGUUCUAAUUCAAUACAUAUUUUCAUUUCCUUUACCAACGUAAUAAAAUCUAUUAUUAUUUUAGAUCUAUUUUUACUGAAGUAUUGAUGAUCCUUACUACAGCAUUGGUAGCAGUAUAACGAAAUGAAUUCAAUAUAUUUUACACUGGAAACUUCUAUGAUCAGAUACUAAUGGAUCCAUUCAAAAAUGAUAUAGCCCUUUAAGAACCAACAACAUUAGAAAUGUUUGGAUUAGGCUCUACUACUUAAGUAAUUAAAAAGGACACAACAUAAUAAUAAGAUCUAGUAUCUAGAGGAGAUUAAGGUUUAAUAUUUAAUAGUCAACUCUUUGUUGGAUUGGCUUCAAUUAAUCGUCCUUAAUAAUAAUAAAACGUUUUAUAAUCAAAGUCAUAAUAUCAAUAUCACAAUUAUUGA